UUUGAUUUGUGUGUUUUGACUAUUAACACGUCGUUUAACUUUAUUUAUUUUAUUAUGGUAAAUUGCAACAUUUCUUAUGAUAAUAAUCAACAAGGCAUUUACUUUAGUGGACAAACACUAUCAGGUGCUAUUGAGAUAACAAAUGAAAAGAAUAGAAGCAUUAAAGGGAUUACUUUGAAGAUUGAAGGUUUUGCUAAGUGCAAAUGGACAGAACAUGAAGGAUCAGGAAAGCAUAGAAGAACAAUUUACUAUAAAGGAAGAGAAGAUUACAUCAGCACUUUCAGUUAUCUAAUUGGAAGCUAUAAUGGUGAAGCGAUUGAUUUAGCCGAAGGAGUUCAUAAGUUUAAUUUCAUUUGCGCGCUGCCACCUCAAUUGCCCACAAGUCUUGAGUCAAAAUAUGGCUACAUUCGUUAUCAAAUCAAGGUUGAAGUCGAAAGACCUUGGAAAAGUGAUUUUAAAUUCUGUUAUGCUUUUACUGUCCUCAAGCCACUCGACUUAAACUUUGAGAAUCAGUCACUUAAACUGCCUCUAAAAGCGGAAGUUUCAAAAAGCUUCUUCCUGGGAUUUUCGAACAAAAAUUUAUACAUGUCUGCAGAAGUUCCAUUCUGUGGAUAUGUUUCUGGUCAAUCAGCACCUGUUAGUGUAUCAAUUAAUAAUGAAUCAGGCGUUGAAGUCUAUGAAAUCACAAUAGAAUUGAUGAAGAUAAUUUACUACAACAGUGACACACCGCGAAUGAGAACAAGACGACGAGAAGAAAAAGUUGCUAUGACUAAGCAUCAAGGAGUUCCAGCUAAGAAGAAAGGAGCAGCUAUGGGCAAUUUAGUGAUUCCAGCAGUUCCCCCAACAAAUACUGGUACAUGCAGAACUAUUCAAGUAUUUUACGAGAUUCUUGUGACUGCAAAAACUUCAGGAAUGCAUAGAAAUUUGACUGUUGUGCUGCCUAUUACUAUUGGAACUGUUCCUUUGCUGUCAACAUAUCAAAACAUUUAUCCAGCGUUACAGCAAGACCAAAUUCAAUCAGGCUGGAAUAUUCAACCAAGUACAUCACAAGCUACAUAUCCAGCAACACAACCUGCAUAUUCAACAUUAGAAACAUCUUAUCCAUCAGCACCAGUAGCUAACUUAAAUCCUGACUUACCUCCACCAUCAUAUCAAGAAGCUAUGAUGACAACAACUCAGGAAGUAGACAACGAAGAAGGUUUGAAUGAUCAGCAAGCUUUUAAUCCAAAGUAUCCAGUGUUCAAUUUUGCAAAUCAGGCGCCAAUGCCAUCUCAAGCAUUGGCCCCACCACCUUAUUCACUUCCACCUACAGACACAAAGAAUGAAAAGAAACCACUUUAA